GUCUUGCCCCAGGGAUACACUGAGAGUCCUCUGUUGUUUGGACAGGCAUUGGGGGAAAGGCUGAAGGAAUUUAGGCCCACCAAACCCAAUAAAAUCUUGUCAUAUGUUGAUGAUUUAUUAUUGGUUGGGGAAAAGGAAAAGGAGGUUAAAUUGGAUUCCAUUCGAUUGUUGAAUUGGCUGGGCGAUCUGGGAGUCAAGGUAUCCAGGGAAAAGUUGCAGUUCACUGAAAGGAGAGUCAAAUAUUUAGGGCACAUAUUGGAUGGGGGAACCAGACAACUGGAUCCAGAUAGGGUAAGAGGUAUUAUGGAAUUGAGACCCCCGAGAACUAGGACUGAUGUGCGAAGAAUGUUGGGAUUGCUGGGAUAUUGCAGAUUAUGGAUAGACCAGUAUUCAAAAUUAACCCAAUUCUUGAAUAAGAAGCUGACUGGGAAGGAAGAGGAAGUAUUGUGGGAUGAAGGAGACAGGGAAAGAUGGGAAGAAAUUAAGAGGACCCUAAUCGCCAGUCCGGCAUUGGCCCUGCCCAACUUACAACAACCCUUCCAUCUAUAUGUGACAGUGGCAUCUCAAACGGCAGUGGGGGUGCUAGCUCAGAAAAGGGGAGGAAGAUACCAGCCGGUGGCUUAUUUGAGUACAACAUUAGAAUCAGUGGUUAGAGGGUGGCCAGCGUGCAUACAAGCAGUAGCAGCAGCAGCCGAACUAGUCCUAGAGAGCAGAAAACUGACUUUUGGGGGAGCCUUGAUUGUACACAGCCCUCACCAGAUCGGGGCGGUCAUGACAGGAGCCGCCCCGACCUGGAUGACGGAUAGACGUCUGGUACAAUAUGAGGGAAUUUUGAGAACAGGCUCAGAUAUCACUAUUGGAACAGACAGGAAUUUAAAUCCCGCGGAAUUUCUCAGGGGAGAAAGGAAGGAAUGGGACCCAGAUGAGCAUGACUGUCUGAGAAAUAUAGAAUUGAUGGCAAAAGUAAGGGAAGAUCUAAGUGAAGUGUCGUUGAAGGAAGGAGAAAGGUGGUUUGUGGAUGGGUCCAGCUACGUCAGGGAAGGCAGAAGGAGGUCAGGAUAUGCAGUGGUAAAGGAAGAUGGGGAGGCUAUAGAAAGCGGGGCGCUCCCCAACACUUGGUCAGCUCAAAAAUGUGAAGUGAUGGCAUUGACUCGUGCCCUAGAAUUAGCGAAAGGAUUGGAUAUAACCAUAUGGACAGAUUCAAGAUACGCAUGGGGAGUGGUUCAUACUUUUGGCAGGACAUGGAGGGAGAGAGGUUUUAUUAAGGCAGAUGGGAAACAGAUUGAGCAUGUAGCCUUGUUGGAACGGUUGCUAGAAUCCCUAAUGGGACCACGGAAAGUAGGGAUUGUGCAUAUUUCAGCUCAUACCAAAGGGCAUAGUCCAGAGGAGCAGGGAAAUGCAUGGGCAGACCUCAGGGCGCGAGAAGCAGCUGAGGGAGAGCCCAGAGACGAAGUAAUUAGGCAAUGUGUCCUACAGGUUCCGGUGAUAGAUCCGCAGGACUUGAAAAAUUUAGCAUUUACUCAAAAGGAAAAGGAAUAUAUGGAAAAGGAGGGGUGGGAAAAGAAAGGAGAUGAUUGGGAAACCCCAGAGAGACAGAUGGUCCUUCCUAAAUCGGUGAUGCUAAAUAUUCUAGAGAAAAUACAUGGGGGGAGCCAUCUGGGCACUGAGGGAAUGGUUAAUCUGGUGAAACCCCUGUAUUGGAGCAGGGACAUGUGGCCCAUGGCGCACGCUAUUGCAUGGAAAUGUUUAAUAUGUCAGAAGGUUAAUAAGGCCCGAGCCAGAAAGACAGAAAGGGGCGGGCGACCGUUAGCGGUGUGGCCAUUCCAAAGGAUACAAGUAGAUUUUACUGAGUUGCCAGAAAGAGGAGGGCAAAAGUAUUUGUUGGUGUUUAAGGAUCAUCUCACAGGAUGGGUUGAGGCCUUUCCCAGCCGCAGGGCCACGGCUCAAGUGGUUGGAAAAGCCAUCCUGGAGCACAUUCUUCCUCGCUAUGGGAUAACAGAAGCAAUAGACUCAGAUAGGGGGACCCAUUUCACCCAAUUGGCAAUGCAAGAGGUGAUGAGGGCGGUGGGAAUCACGUGGAACUUUCACACCCCCUGGCAUCCUGAGAGUAGUGGGAAAGUGGAACGGGCAAAUGGAGAAAUCAAGAAACACUUGACCAAGCUGUAUCUAGAGAAUGGGUUGCCCUGGACAAAGAAUCUCCCCCUGGCCUUAUUAAGGAUGAGGGUGGCUCCCCGGAAGGACACUGGACUGUCCCCAUUUGAAAUGAUGAUGGGCCACCCCUAUCUAGCUCCCCUAGGAAACCCUCAGAUUGAAUUUAGGGAUCAGUUCACCCGGAAAUAUCUGCAGUCACUGUCCCAGUCUUUGUUAUCCUUUCACAGGCAAGGCGUACUAGCACAGAGACCCCCACUCUUGGAGCAACAGCACAGCUUCCAACCUGGAGACCUGGUCCUGAUAAAAGCGUGGCGGUCGGAGAAACUCACCCCGAGUUGGGAGGGCCCAUACCAAGUCCUACUCACCACUGAGUCAGCAGUACGGACCAGAGAGCAUGGAUGGACCCACUACCACCGGGUGAAGAAAGCCCCGCCGGAGAGUUGGACGGCAACGGCCAGUCCAGAUAACCCGCUAAGAGUGACUCUUACAAAAUCAGGAACCAGAAUCCAGCAGAGCACUCCUAGACCGUAAAUGUGUCUGUUCUGCACGUGUGAGUGUUUCUUUGAAUGCUGUUGCUGUGCGCAUUGUGAGGGGUGUGUGCUGUGUGUGCAUUGUACUGAAGAGUGUAAUAUAGUUUUCAUAGAGGAGGUUAUAAUCCAGCAUUGUAGGAUCAAAAGCAGGGGGGAAAUUCAGUGUGAAUUAUUAGAAAGCCCAACAGUAAUACAAGCAUUGGAAUCAUUGUCCUCUGGGAGGGCCUAUUCCUUUAUACCUCACAGAGAGAAAUGACGGAGAUGUGGGAAGAACCCUGGAACCAUUGGCGGUGGUGGGUAGGGGUGGUGUGCGCUGCAUUAAUAAUAUAUAUGGUCACUUAUUUUUGUUGGCAUGAAAGAUACCGGAUAUGUGGGAGGCGACGUGGUACCGCAAUACCAUUGGGGGUGCUUGCCCUUUGCCUCACAGCAGAAUGCGCUGGGAACAUAAGGUCAGGGGGCAAGAUUUCCCUCUAUAACAUCACGGAACGAAUGCAUGAGUGGGGGGCCAGGAACCCCUAUAAUAAAUGGCUACAAGUGGCUGAAAUAGUGGCACAAACGGUUAACAAAACUAUGUGCCUGGUAUGUACCCUUGGCCCAACAGACGCACAAGCAGGAAUGCCAUUCCUCCCACUACCAUUUAAUCAGUCAUCCAUUCACAACUUUUCCAGGCUCCCAGAUUCCGAGCUUUGGGCAACAUGGCAGCACCCGUCCCCCUUAAGGGUUCUUGAGGUCCGAGGGCACCUGUGUGUCCACCGACGGAGAUGGACCACUCAGUCCAUCUUUGUGGGCCAAUCUCAUUGUAAUUGUUCCUGUGACGACGACGAUGUGACAGUCGUGAAUAGCAAAGUCACUUAUAGUGGGUGUGAUGGAAAGUGCCAAUCAUUGGUCGAGCUUUUAAACCGAGUAGUGCUGAAUUUCGCAGGGAGGGGUGUCACGCGUGUCACGCAGGCAAAAGUGGGCCUUUAUUGGGUAUGCGGGAAAACCGCGUAUACGACCCUACCCAGUCGGUGGUGUGGGUCCUGCUUCCCUGCGUUUCUGUUACCACCCAUGUGGGUCCUGCCCGGUAGCCCUACCAGACGCAGCCGAAGAAGCACCAGCGUGGACACUAGUAAAUUCAGCGUGGCAAGUGGUAGCACACAGAAUUGGGGUUCAGCAUGGCCCCCUGAAAGAAUAAUAGCCCAUUACGACCCAGCCUCAUGGAAUCAAAAUGAGCCAAUAGCGGGAGCAAGGGAACCCAUCUACAAUUUGAAUCGUAUAAUUCGGCUACAGGCUGUGGUAGAAAUAGUAGCAAAUGCCACCGCCGAGGCACUUCGGCUGGUCGCCACCCAGCUUGACGAGACAAGAACAGUUGUACUGAAAUUGAAAUUGGGACUGGACUUUGUUCUGGCGAAGGAAGGGGGCUUCUGUAGAGCCCUUAAUUUGACCGGAGAGGCGUGUUGUUUUAACAUCUCCAACCACGGACAAGCCAUAAGAGACCUAGCAGAUAGAAUCCAAAAAACAGCACAUGUCCCAGUACAGACCUGGGAAGGGUGGGACAUGUCCUGGUUAGAGAAGUUUUUACCCAGUGGAUGGUUGCGAGGAAUCCUUUUUGCAUUAGCGGGACCCCUUGUGAUUUUAAUCCUUUUCUGCUUUUGUAUGCCCUGCUUGCUACGAUGUUUACAGUCAAUGAUGGAAAGAAUAAUGGAUAGGACAGUUCCCCCUCGCAUAAUGAUGCUAAUGCAAGCUUAUAAGCCCCUCCCAACAGGUGCGCCAGAAGGAGGUCUAGAGGGAGAUGAGGAAAGUGGACUAGGCCACGAACUACUGUGUGAGUUCGAGACGAGAUACAAAAAGAGGAGGGAUUGUGAGAGUGAGUGAUAAAACAGGAUGUGUCUCGAACUCAGUAGAAUAGGACAGGAUGCCUGUCAGCUAAGUUAGGAUAGGACAGGAUGCUAGGACAGGAUGCCUGUCAGCUAAGUUAGAA